CUUAGAACGUGGCGAAACACUAGCCAUGCCCCUGUUUAUGCUGCAGCUGGGCUAAACUGUGCUAACCAAAUUCCCUCCCUCUUCUUCUUCUUCUUCUUCUUCUUUGAACAUUCAUUAAUUAAGGCCGUGUUUGUUUAUCCGUUUAUUUACUUCAUUCCAUUGCAGCACAAUGCUCAUUCACUGAAAAAUGCGAGCACUGCACACAUGACACCAAUUUCUUGAUGACCUCUUCAAUCGUGUUAUGCGAAAACAACAACAACUUCAUCUUCUUCAAUCAGAAUCUAAUCUUGAACCCAUUCAUCUCACGCGGCGAACCACCGAGCUUCGUUCUCCGGCUCGGCGGCAAGGCGCGGCGCCGCUUCACCAGGUUCGUCUCCAAAGCGGAGCACUCCAGGAGGAAGAAAAACAGCAGCAGUUGGUGGAAGCGGUUUUUCUUCGAGGACGAUGGGAAUUGGCUAGGUCUGAAGGAAGAUGACAUGGUAGAGGCGGAGGAGGAGGACGAGGAGGAGGAGGUUUCCGGUGAUGCGAAGUUCGAGGCGUGGAAGCAGCGAGCGGAGGCGAUUGUGGAGGUGAGGGAGGCGAGGGAGGAUAGGAGGAAUGAAGAGAGUAGGAGGUGGGAGGAUUGGCUGUUGGACGACGGUGGUAACGGUUCUUCUUCUUCGUGGAGUGAGGAAUGGGAGCAGGGGAUUAAGGAUUAUAGGGAGGAGAAGGUUCUGGAAGAUGUUGCUGGAGAAAAGGGGCUGGUUCAGUCUGUUAGGAGUUAUCUUUUUGGAAGGGAAGAAGAUGAUGAUGACAUGCUCUAUGAAGACCGUGUUUUCCAGUAUGCUUCGUCGAAUUCGGCUAAAUUUUUGGCAGUGUUGAUUAUUAUACCUUGGGCAAUUGACUUUGUGGUUCAUGACUAUGUACUCAUGCCUUUUUUAGACAGAUAUGUGAAGACAGUACCACUUGCAGCACAAAUGCUCGAUGUGAGGAGAGGUCAAAAACUUAGAAUAGUUGAUGAAUUAAAGAUUGAGAGAGGAAGAUUUCAGCUAGAGGUAGAGAUUGGUAAAUCUCCACCUCUUUCUGAUGAUGAGCUUUGGUUGGAAUUAAGACAUAAAGCAUUAGACUUGAGAGAUGAGUGGAGACUAGAGAAUCGCAGUGCAUUUGCCAACAUAUGGUCAGACAUGGUUUAUGGGAUCUCUUUAUUUAUUCUUUUAUACUUCAAUAAGAAUAAGGUAGCUUUGCUCAAAUUUACCGGUUAUAAAAUAAUAAAUAAUAUCUCAGAUACUGGGAAGGCGUUUCUUGUCAUACUUAUCACAGAUAUAUUCCUUGGGUAUCAUUCUGAAUCUGGUUGGCAAACGUUGCUAGAGGUAAUUGUUGAGCACUAUGGACUCGAAAUUGAUCAGUCUGCUAUAGUUAUUUUUGUCUGCUUGAUCCCAGUUGUCAUCGACGCAUGCGUGAAACUUUGGUUGUUCAAAUUCCUCCCACAAUUAUCCCCGAAAGUGGCGAAUAUAUUUCAGGAAAUGAAACGUCACUAGUUGAGAAUUUAUUUCCGGGCAAGUGGUUCUUCUUCUUCGGCUGUGUGCACUGGCUGUCUACUGAAACAUUUUCAGUAUCUCACCCAUUCUUGUAUGCAUUCUUUAUAGUGCAGUGCCCAACAUUUUGUGUAAUAAUUACUGUUCAAUGAGUUCAGCUGCCAGUCCAUGCUUCUCACUUUUGCUAACAAUGGUGAGAAGUAUGUAUUUUUUGGAGGGGAAAAUACCACGAGGCUAAUUGACUUUUCUCCUCUGGGCAAAUCAUCACCCAAAUCCACCGAUGAAUGGAUAAAUAUAAGGCUUAUAUAUGUUAAUCAGAUUGAAGUUCAACUCAUGUGGAGUAAGGUACUUGCAAUUUUAUUUUAUUUUUGAAUUGGAUAGAGUUGAAGGAUCA